UGCAGUGGAGUAACGCCGUCUACAUACGCACACGCGCGCGCACACGCGCUCUCACACUCGCAUUGUACCGCGCGCUCGUGUCUCGUGCUCCUCUGAGACAAGACCAUCAUUGAAGUGAAACUGGAGAAAGAGCGUGUGGAGAUCAGCGAGCAACUACCUAAAGAGCAUGAGAGAGCAGGAGAUCACACUUCCUGAAGCGCACGGAAUGAUCAGACAUUUCUAAAUGAGCAUCUUCAUAAAACAGAAGCUUUCUGAUCAGGACAGAGCGGCUGCAUCCCAAAUCCCCGAAACCGGCAUAUGAGCGAAGAGACUAUAGAGAGGAAGACAGCGUCCUUCUUUUGUCCUGCUGUUUUUGAGGAAUUUUCAUUAUUUUCGCAGAUCUGAUGCUUUAUUCGGUGAGCAGCCUGAUGUGGAUUUAUUCGAGCUGAGAACACACGCGCGCGCGCGCACGCACACACACGGAGGUGCAAACCAAGCCGAUUCCCCGCGCCGGAAUGAGCCGCAGUUCCUCGUUGCUUCCAGUGAAGAAACAUGUGAAGAUGAUGAAAUAGAAGAAGCACCGAGUUUAACCAUUAGGACUCUUCCAGAAAGCUUGUAACUACUGAUACCCUGCCUGAUUUUAUAUUUUGUUUCCUCCUUGACGUCCUUUGGAAUCAUGGAGGGCCAGCAAGAUUCACUAAGGACUUUACAAGUAAACCCUUCUAGUUCUUUAACACUACCCUUGUGCAUUUGGCUGCUGGUGCUAACUCUUACUACAACCUGCAGUGGACAGACAUUUACCACAUUUCACCCUGAGAAGCGAGAAUGGUCUUUCAAUCACCUGACGGUCCAUCAGACAACAGGGGCGCUUUAUAUUGGUGCUGUUAAUCGUGUCUACAAGCUCUCUGGCAACCUCACUCUCCUGGUCUCCCAUGACACUGGCCCAGAAGAUGACAACAAGGCCUGUUACCCCCCUCUAAUAGUCCAGCCAUGUUCUGAACCACUGGUUUCUACCAACAAUGUCAACAAGCUUCUUCUUAUUGAUUACUCUCAAAACAGGCUGCUGGCCUGUGGGAGCCUCUAUCAGGGUGUAUGCAAGCUACUUCGACUGGAUGAUCUCUUCAUACUGGUAGAACCAUCACACAAAAAAGAGCAUUAUCUGUCUAGCGUCAAUCAGACAGGCACUAUGUAUGGAGUUAUUGUACCUUCACAUGGCAAAGAUGGCACGCUUUUCAUUGGCACUGCUGUAGAUGGGAAGCAAGACUACUUCCCAACCAUUUCAAGCCGCAAACUUCCACGUGACCCGGAGUCUUCAGCUAUGCUUGACUACGAACUUCACACUGAUUUUGUCUCCUCAUUAAUUAAGAUUCCUUCUGACACCCUAGCGCUGGUCUCCCACUUUGACAUAUACUACAUCUAUGGCUUUUCCAGUGGUAAUUUUGUGUAUUUUUUGACUGUGCAACCAGAGACACCAGAAAACGGCAUGGCUUCCAGUGGUUCCUCAAGCGAUCUCUUCUAUAUUUCGCGCAUUGUCCGUCUCUGCAAAGAUGAUCACAAGUUUCACUCCUAUGUGUCACUGCCCAUUGGAUGUGUACGUAAUGGUGUAGAGUACCGGCUAUUGCAGGCAGCCUACCUGGCCAAACCAGGAAGAGUUCUGGCUGCCUCACUCAACAUCAGUGCCACCGAUGAUGUGCUCUUUGCCAUCUUUUCUAAGGGCCAAAAACAGUAUCACCGCCCCCCUGACGAUUCAGCCCUUUGCAUCUUUACCAUCAAGGACAUCAAUGCCCGCAUUAAGGAGCGCCUGCAGUCCUGCUACCAAGGCGAAGGCAACCUGGAGUUGAGUUGGCUGCUGGGGAAAGAUGUUCAUUGCACAAAGGCGCCAGUGCCCAUCGAUGAUUCCUUCUGUGGUCUGGACAUUAACCAGCCUCUGGGUGGCUCUCAGCUGGUGACCGGACACACACUUUACACAGAAAGCAGAGACCGCAUGACCUCAGUGACCUCCUAUGUGUACAACGGCUACUGCGUGGCCUUUGUUGGCACUAAGAGUGGACGUCUAAAAAAGAUCCGUGUGGAUGGACCUCCUUAUGGCGGUGUGCAGUAUGAGACAGUGUCUGUCAUUAAGGACAGGACCCCUAUUCUCAGAGACAUGGCCUUCUCACUGGACAAUAACUAUAUUUAUGUCAUGUCUGAGAGACAGGUGACGCAGGUGCCCAUUGAGUCGUGUGAGCAGUAUGGGACAUGCCACGAAUGUCUGAGCUCCGGAGAUCCGCACUGCGGUUGGUGUGUGCUGCACAACAUGUGUUCCCAGAGGGAUCGGUGUGAACGAGCCAACGAGCCAUACCGAUUUGCAGCCACGCUGAACCAGUGCAUAAAGGCCACUGUGUAUCCUGACAGCAUUGCGGUUUCUGAGCCCAGUGUACCGCUGCUGGUGAAGGUGACUGACGUUCCCGAUCUCUCUGCUGGAAUCACGUGUGCCUUCGGGAACCUGACUGAAGUCGAAGGGACGGUGAAUGGCAAUCAGAUCCUGUGCAUCUCUCCUGCUGCCAAAGAUGUCCCUGUAAUACCUACUGAUCAAGACUGGUCUGGAGUGGAGCUCAGGCUGAACUCGAAGGAGACAGGUCAAAUGUUGAUCAGCACCGAGGUUAAAUUCUACAACUGCAGCGUACACCAGCUGUGUCUGUCUUGUGUAACCAGUUCCUUCCGGUGCCACUGGUGCAAGUACCGAAACCUGUGUACACACGAUCCGUCUAGCUGCUCUUUCCAAGAGGGACGGGUCAAUGCCUCAGAGGACUGUCCUCAGCUGGUGCGCUCUGAGGAGAUUCUGAUCCCAGCCGGAGAAGUGAAGCCUAUCACGCUGAAGGCCCGGAACCUUCCUCAACCUCAGUCGGGUCAGCGUGGGUACGAGUGUGUGCUGCACAUCCAGGGGGUCAGCCACCGAGUUACAGCGCUGCGCUUCAACAGCUCUAGUGUACAGUGCCAGAACAGCUCGUAUCUGUAUGAAGGAAUGAGGAUUAGUGAGCUGCCAGUGGAUUUCUCCGUGGUGUGGAAUGGCAACUUCAUCAUUGAUAAUCCUGAGAACAUUCGAGUGCAUCUGUACAAGUGUGGCGCUCAGAGAGACAGCUGUGGCAUGUGCCUGAAGGCUGAGAGGAAGUUCCAGUGCGGCUGGUGCAGUAUGGAGGGCCGGUGCACCCUACAGCACCACUGUCCCAUGAUCAACCCCUACACCAACCGCUGGCUAAAUCUAGCCACGGCUAACGUCAAGUGCACUAACCCACGCAUCACUGAGGUGACCCCAGUAGCUGGGCCUCCAGAAGGAGGCACCAGGGUGACUAUUCGUGGGGUGAAUCUGGGUCUGUCUUUUGCUGAAAUGGAAAAUAACGUGCAGGUAGCAGGAGUGCGGUGUACCCCGAAAGAGGACGGCUACAUCAUUGCAGAACAGAUCGUGUGUGAGAUGGAUACAGCUCCGGAAGAAACCAAGUCCGGUCCUGUUCAGCUUUGUGUGGGAGAGUGUAAGCCUGAGCUGCAGGCUCGUUCUUCCCAGCUCUAUUCCUUUGUGACACCAUCUGUAACUGGGCUAUCACCCAGUCGAGGUCCAGAGUCAGGGGGCACUAAGGUAACCAUCAUUGGAGAGAAUCUGGGUGCAGGAAGCAGUGUCAGAGUUAUGUUCGGGAAUCAGACCUGCGAGUUCUAUGAGCGGACCAUGAUGGAGAUUGUGUGCUACUCUGCUCCUUCUCUGACUGGGGUGGGCCCAGUGCAGAUCACUGUAAGUGUGGAUCAUGCCCAGGUGAAGGAGAAACUCACUUUUGAGUACAUUGAUGAUCCAACUGUACAGCGCAUUGAGCCUGAAUGGAGCAUUGCAAGUGGACACACUCCUCUUGUGGUGACCGGAACUAACUUGGAUGUGGUCCAGGAGCCCAGAAUACGAGUCAAGUAUGGCGGACAUGAAACAGUAAACGUGUGUAAGGUCCAGAAUAGCACCACUAUGAGCUGUUAUGCCCCAUCUCUGGCGGUGGAGUACACACCUGGCCUGGACUCAGUAAAGCAUGCAGACGAGUUUGGCUUCAUCUUCAAUAACGUGCAGGCCCUUCUGGUUUACAACAAUACCAACUUCCUUUACUACCCAAACCCUUACUUCGAGCCUCUGAGUACCAAUGGGGUCCUAGAGCAGAAACCGGGAUCUCCUAUUAUACUGAAGGGAAAGAAUUUGGUUCCUCCAGGCUCAGGAGGAGUGAAGCUAAACUACACCGUGCUUCUGGGAGAAACGCCCUGCUCCGUCACGGUCUCGGACACUCAGCUGCUGUGCGAGCCACCCAACCUCACUGGCCAAUACAAAGUCUUGGUGCAGGUUGGUGGUCUUCAUGUAUCUCCAGGAUCUGUGAACAUCCUAUCAGACAGUCUUCUGACUCUGCCCGCCAUCGUAAGCAUAGCAGCUGGCGGAGGCCUUCUGCUGAUCAUCGUCAUCCUCGUUCUCAUUGCCUACAAACGCAAGUCGCGUGAGAACGACCUCACGCUCAAGCGGCUGCAGAUGCAGAUGGACAACCUGGAAUCUAGGGUGGCACUUGAGUGCAAAGAGGCUUUUGCCGAGUUGCAAACCGACAUUAACGAGUUGACCAGCGAUCUCGACCGAGCUGGAAUUCCUCACCUGGACUACCGCACUUACGCCAUGAGAGUGCUGUUCCCCGGCAUCGAAGACCACCCAGUUCUCAGAGAGCUCGAGGUCUCAGGUAACGGACAGCAGACAGUGGAGAAGGCUCUGAAGCUGUUUGCGCAGCUGAUAAACAACAAAGUGUUCCUCUUGACGUUCAUUCGCACGCUGGAGCUGCAGCGCUCUUUCUCCAUGCGGGACCGCGGCAACGUGGCCUCGCUCAUCAUGACGGCGCUCCAGGGAAGGCUGGAGUAUGCAACUGAUGUUCUCAAACACCUUCUCUCUGACCUCAUUGACAAGAACCUGGAGAGUAAGAACCACCCCAAGCUGCUGCUGCGCAGGACUGAGUCUGUGGCUGAAAAGAUGCUCACCAACUGGUUUGCAUUCCUGCUUCACAAGUUCCUUAAGGAGUGCGCUGGAGAGCCCUUGUUUAUGCUCUAUUGUGCUAUAAAGCAGCAGAUGGAGAAAGGGCCUAUAGAUGCCAUCACAGGAGAAGCUCGCUACUCACUCAGUGAAGACAAGCUCAUACGGCAGCAAAUAGAGUACAAAACGUUGAUUUUGAACUGUGUGAAUCCGGAUAACGAGAACAGUCCGGAGAUUGCGGUGAAGGUGCUGAACUGUGAUACCAUUACGCAGGUGAAGGAAAAGAUACUGGAUGCCAUCUACAAGAAUAUGCCCUACUCUCAGAGACCAAGAGCUGUAGACAUGGACCUGGAGUGGCGUCAAGGCCGGAUGGCACGAGUGGUCUUGCAGGACGAAGAUAUCACCACCAAGAUUGAGAACGACUGGAAGAGGCUCAACACACUCGUGCACUAUCAGGUGUCAGACCGAUCGGUGGUGGCGCUGGUUACGAAGCAAACCUCCUCCUACAACAUUCCUCCCACAGCUAGCAUCUCCCGCACAUCCAUCAGCCGAUAUGACUCAUCGUUUCGCUACACAGGAAGUCCAGACAGCCUACGCUCCCGGGCUCCUAUGAUCACUCCAGACCUAGAAAGCGGAGUAAAAGUGUGGCACUUGGUCAAGAACCAUGAACACGGAGACCAGAAAGAGGGUGACCGUGGCAGCAAGAUGGUGUCUGAGAUCUACCUCACCCGCCUGCUAGCUACUAAGGGUACACUGCAGAAGUUUGUGGAUGAUCUGUUCGAGACUCUGUUCAGCACAGUGCACAGAGGCAGCGCCUUGCCUUUAGCGAUCAAAUACAUGUUCGACUUCCUGGACGAGCAGGCAGACAAGCACGGCAUCCACGACAUGGACGUUCGUCACACUUGGAAAAGUAACUGCCUUCCGCUGCGAUUCUGGGUGAAUGUGAUUAAGAACCCUCAGUUUGUUUUCGACAUUCACAAGAGCAGCAUUACAGAUGCGUGUUUAUCAGUGGUGGCCCAGACGUUCAUGGACUCGUGUUCCACUUCAGAGCACAGGCUGGGAAAAGACUCUCCUUCCAACAAGCUUCUCUAUGCUAAAGACAUCCCCAAUUACAAGAACUGGGUUGAAAGAUACUACGCCGAUAUAAACAGAUUGCCAGCGAUCAGCGACCAAGACAUGAACGCUUAUUUGGCUGAGCAGGCACGGCUCCACUCCCACGAGUUUAACAUGCUGAGUGCUCUGAAUGAGAUCUACUCUUACGUCAGCAAGUAUAGCGAAGAGAUCACUGCAGCACUGGAGCAGGACGAACAGGCCAGAAAGCAGAGACUGGCCUACAAAGUGGACCAACUGAUUGCUGCGAUGUCCCUGGAGAGCUGAGACACACACACAAAGACAUGGAUAGAGCAAUGGAACACAAAUUCUCUGUGCCAUGAAUCCUUUAUCCAAAGCCUGGUCCUGCGACCUAAGUGGAAACGGGAUACAGCUGACUUAGGAUUUUUUGCUAUCUUGUUAUUGGGAUUUCUUUGAAAAGGGUCGAAACUGUUACCUCCGCAAGUCUGCACGUCCAUCUACUUUUUGCCUUCCAAAUGUAUAAGGGGAGUCGAGUCAAGAUUUCAAAUUGCUUAAAACUGUAUGCUGGACCCAGCAGCGUUCUCAGCGGCAUCGUGCAUGUUCGUUUUUGUAUUUGUUUAGUCUUCGUUGGUUUUUAUACCCACGAUUGGCAGAUGUGACGGAACUACAGCUACAAUACCUCUUUGUAAUUGUUGAUUUUUUUUUCUUUCUGGUCGCAUGUUAGAAUAGCAGAAGAAAGAGAGAGAGUGCAUUGGAUAUUUAUUUAAUGCCUCAAUUUAAAUCCAGCGGAUGGGUUUGACUUCCAAAAUUUUAUUUUUAUACGAUUAUUGUUUUAAUUUAAUUUAUUCUGUAGCGCUUUGUGCCUCUGGAUUGUUAAAAGGCAUAGUAACAUUGAUAGUCCUCUUUGUUGAAUAAUGUGAUCAUAAAAUCUCUAUAAGCAUCUCUUUUGAGAAGCCGCAGUCCUCACCGUGCUCAUGUAUGCAGAUCAUACGAAGAACAUGGACAUUACGGAACUCAUGAGCAAGCAGCUGUAUUUUCGGAAAGCUUACCGGACUCUUGAUGUUCAUAGGGGUAAAAGAUUGACCAGCAUGUCUCUCCAUGUUUUCCAAGACUGCACUUAACAAAUGGAAAAUGCUCCGAGACUGGUUAAAAGGAACCCCCUCUUGCAAACUCUGUCUCUAUGUCCUGUUUUCUACAUGUAAGCCUUUGUGAAUGUACUGAUGUUCCUCUAUCUUGUCUGUUUGUGUUUUCUUAAAAAAAAAAAGAAGAAGAAGAGGUCAGUUGAGCUGAUCUCGAAAGCAAAAUGGCCAAAAGGGCAUCUGAUGUGCUGCGUCAAUUUCUUUGUUCUUAAUUACAUAACCAAAAAAUGCUGUAUCACUAAUUCCAACCUAGAUAAAAUUAAAUAGACAUGAUUUUUUGACUAAGACAGCAGCAAGGAAAGCCCUUUGGGUCAUCUGUUAGGUGGAGGAACAUUCCUUAGAAGGAGAGCACUGACUUGAGGUCAGCUCACCUCAGUACCAGGCAGUAUUACUUAUUACCUAUGGUCCAGUGUGUGUGUACGUUGCAUGCAUUAUAGAAUACCUCAUAAAGGAAGAAUAAUGUC